UAUUAAUAGAACGCGAUUCCUUUUCAUGAAACACAGUUAUUUUCUGGUCUAGAAUAUUAUUUGUUUUUCUCUUUUUACCAUAGAAGAUUUCAAAGGUUAAACAUUUUUCAAAAAUGGACCAGUUUGAUUCAGACUUUUAUCAGUCAGAUUACAUGAUUGAAGAUCCUACACAAUCAGCUUAUGGAACUCCUGAGAAUAUAUAUUAUUCAGAUGAGCCAUCUUUGACAGGUUUUACACAAACAGAAACAUUUCAGCGCCCUCUAAAUUCUGCAGGUUAUUUGUAUGAGCCGGCAUCCUUAAAUUAUGAUCGUAGAGAAGGCUUUGAAGAUGAACCCCCUCUAUUAGAAGAAUUGGGGAUUAAUUUUGAUCACAUUUGGCAAAAGACUUUAACAGUCCUAAAUCCAUGGAAACCAGCAGAUGGCAACAUUAUGAAUGAAACAGACCUAACUGGACCUAUGGUUUUCUGUUUUGCACUUGGGUUUACACUAUUAUUGGCAGGAAAAGUUAAUUUUGGCUAUGUGUACACAAUGAGUGUUUUUGGAUGCCUGGUGAUACAUACAUUAUUAAACCUGAUGAGCAUUCCAGGAGUCUCUUAUGGAUGUGUUGCUAGUGUCUUAGGUUACUGCCUGUUACCCAUGGUCAUACUGUCUUGUUGUGCUAUCUUUUUUUCAUUACAGGGAACUAUUGGAACAUUAUUAGCAGCUAUCAUUAUCGGAUGGUGCAGCUUUUCAGCAUCAAAGAUCUUCAUAUCCACUCUAGCAAUGGAAGGACAACAGCUUCUUGUUGCAUAUCCCUGUGCUCUUCUGUAUGGCCUUUUCACGCUCUUGACUGUUUUUUGAAAUGUUUAUUAAAGGGACAGUCUCCUUGAAAAUCUUUAUUGUUUGAAAAGAUAGAUAAUCCCUUUAUUACCCAUUCCCCAGUUUUGCAUAACCAGCGCUGUUAUAGUAAUAUAUUUUUUACCUCUGUGAUUAAAUUGCAUCUAAGCCUCUGCAGACUAAUCCCUUAUGUCAGUUGUUUUGACAGACUUGCAUUUUUGCCAAUUAGUGCUGAUUAAUAAAUAACUCCAUGGGAGUGCGCACAAUGUUAUCUAUAUGACACACAUGAACUAGCUUUAAAUCAAAAUGCUCAUAUAAGAGGCGGCCUUCAAGGGCUUUGAAAUUAGCAUAUGAGCCUACCUAGGUUUCAACAAAGAAGACCAAUAGAACAAAGCAAAUUUGUUGAUAAAAGUAAAUUGGAACGUUGUUUAAAAUUGCAUGCCCUAUCUGAAUCAUGAAAGUUUAAUUUUAACUAGACUAUCCCAUUAAGAUUUAUCUGAUGUGCUUCAAUACAAUAUUACAUACACACGUAAAUAGUUAAUUGCAAGAGUAACAUACAGGAUUACCAUUCUAUUGUAACAAUUUCCCUAUGGAUUGCCAAACCUAAUAUAAAUCUUAUAGUGAUCUGGAUUAGUAAAACACUUCUAUGCAUUUUAUAACUCGAGUUGUAGCGUUAUAAUUCUGCUUUGACUAAAUAAGAACAAAUAUACAAUCAUAA